CAGAGGAAAAGGGAAGGAGGGGUUACUAUCACGUAUACAGAUGAACUCUGCAGUGUUAAGAGUUUUGGUGAAAGAUGUGGAGCUAUUUCAAGACUUUGUUGUUUUUUCUAAUGAUUCCACUCACCUCUAGUGCAACAGCUACAGGUACAGUGAGAAGAAUCUCAGUGCCUGAGGAGCAUCGCCUGUACCUGGCCUGCAGUGGCACUGUUGACUUACAGUGGCGACACCAGGUCAACAGGAUUAUAGUCACCAAACAAGGCCAGUCGAUUACUUACACGAACCAACAGAAAUAUGACCUCCAGCCUGAUGGAUCUCUGGUUAUUAAAGAGCUGGAGCCAUCCGACUCUGGGGACUACCACUGCAACGACCAGCUAGUGGCAGACGUGGAGGUACUGAAAGGCAAAAACUUUGCGGUUUCUGCUGGACGAGCCCUAUUGCUUCCCUGUAUAGUAUCUAGCAAAGGCAAGCGGAGGUGGUUCUUCAGGAAAGAUAGUCAUGCGAAACGAGAACCCAUCUUGACUCUGUUCAAGAAUGGGACCAUGAAAAAGGAGCGAAAGGACCCCCAGAAAAGGUUUUCCUGUGAUGAAGAUGGUUCCCUGCAGAUCCUCAAUCUGCAGCCAGGGGACUCUGGAGAGUACCUGUGUAAUGGAGAAAAGGCAGCCAAAGUAACGGUGUUGACAGAUCAUUUCAACAUCCAGAGUACCACUGCUCUUAUGCAAACAGAUGUUGUUGGGAGAGAGAACAGGGAGACACGCCCUAUAAAAGUUGUGACGAUAAUAGCUGUCAUUGGACUAUGCCUCAUGGUGCUUCUGGCUGGUCUGCUGUGCAAUUUGCUGAAAGGAAGACUGAGAGAAAGAAGAAAGAAAUGCAGUACAGUGACAGGACACAAGCAGGAAGGAACUGAACUCCAGACUAGGUGCUUGUCAAAUCUAGGGUCUGAUAUCACACAAAGUGAUGGGGAAGAAAGCCCUUCUCAUGUGGAAGACACUGAGGUUCAGUAUGCAUCUCUGGGUCGGCAGAACUGGAGGGAAAGAUUGAAGGUACAGGGAGACCAGCAUCACGUCAUCUAUUCCACUGUGGUCACUGCUAGACCAGCAUUCCAGGGUUUGGAGAGAAUAACACAUUGAUUUGACUGAUUGACUCCUUUACAAAACAGUUCGUUUUUUACCUCUUUGUAUUACAGUACGAGUACAUUUUGCAAAGGUUGCUCUUUAAUCCUAUAAUAAAUGUAUUUGAGUCUUUCAAGAUACACAAGAUACUAUUCUUUUAUCCAACUAAUUCUAUAUUCUGUUGGCCUAAAACAAUUAUAUUGAGAUUCUUUGGACAAAAAAAAACUAUUAUUACAUUAGCUUUUUCAACAUUUACAGAAACACUCAUACAUGCACAAAUCACAAUACAAUCUUAGUUCCAUUAAGAACGGAUAUUUAAAGAACAAUGUCAGCAGAUGCACCAUACGCCUGAAUGAACAAAUUUGGCCACUGUUGCAUAGAUAACAUCUCCCUUGGCCAAUCCUGGCACUCCCUAAGCAAUGGGGCGGGCCUUACCAGUGUGCUUCAUACUAGCAUCGUGCAGACUCACUUCCUUAUGAAAUAUAUAUAUGUCAGUGUUAGUGAUUAAAUACUGACUUCAUGCCAUCCAAACCUCUCAGGCAUAGAUUUACAGUUAGACAAGUUUUAGUCCUAACGAUUAUGACUAACAGAAGUACUUUUACCUUGAGAUUUGAAUUCCUGUUCACACAGGUGCUACACAAAUAUGUUGUUUUACCUGAAAGAGGAAACAAUUCAUAGAGGCAAUCUGCAGUUCAAACAAUAACAAAUGGGUUAUCCCGCCAUUGUUUUAGUAAAUAGCUGACCAAUGGGGCUGAAGAAAUAGAACCACUCUCAAAUUCAUAGACAGCGCUAUUGAUGCAAGGACUGACCAUCGAUGAGAUCAAAAUAGCUUUAUUCAUGUUCUAACGACCCUGGGUUUAUCAGUGCGGAUGUCGACUACAAUGUUUUGAGAAUAUAAAAACAAGAUUAUGAUUGGGGUUAUAAUUGGGGUUUUGAUCGGGUAAGACAGUUCAACUAAGCUCAUGAAGUAUUUAUAAAUUAUAUUGUUCAAGAAUCCAUGGGUAUAUGUAAUACUUGAAGUCAAAAACAUUUAUGUAACAACAACUUUUAUUUUGUAAUGUCCCUUUAAGUAAACUAUUUACACGUCU